UUUUGCGAUUAUUAAAGUUUUAUUGAAGCUUAGAACUUUGUUUACAUUGCAAUUAUGGAAAUUUCUAUUUGAGCAGAGCGUACUAGAUCCAUGCUGCGAGUUUGGGACAAUUCGCAUUUCGAAAUGUCCACGCGCAUACAGUGAACGUGGUCCGCGAGUUCAGUGCAUUUAUGUGUUUCUGUCUGUGAUUACGUGAACUGUGCAGUGCACGUUAGGCCAGAAUGGAAGCGUUGACCUCGACGAUUGUAUCGUCCGGGACGUCAGCUCGCAGUCCAACCGGCGAGUGCAAAACAUCUAAAGUGAAAUAAGGAAUGCAGUGAUGGAAUUUAUAACUAAUCUUGGUACGUUGAAGAUAGUGAAAAUGAUCGUGCUUUCAAAUAUUUUCCGCGGAAGCCAUUCACCACAGCAGUUACCCAGUGAAUUGGCUGAAAAAAGUGUAAAAGAGAAACAGUCUAACCUAGUGUCACAAAGUUCGUUAAGGUUAAAACAACGGACGAAAACUCACGACAACAUAAACGAAACUCUCAAAAAUGAAAACGAGUCGAAAACUUCAGUUAGUGAUAAAAGACUUUCAAACAGUGUGGAUGCCAUAGUUACACACAAAGAUGCCAAAAGUAAAGUGAUAUGUAGUGCCAAAGGUUUAUUAGAAACAAAUUUAGAUGAUUUAUUUAACGAUGUACAGAAGAUUGACGGUUGGGCCGUCGAACCAAAGAGUUUGGGUGCAAGUGAACCAACUUUAAGCUUUAACCAGAACCAUUCGAGGGCUGUUAGCAAGCGGGAAUCCCUCAUGUCAGAAAAUGAUAGUGAUGGCGAUACGGCGACUGAUAGUGAUUAUAUGGACGAUGCGGCGCGUGAGCAGCGGAAGUGUAUGGGCGCGAGGCGUUUCGGACACAUGCUGAGAAGAGUUCUCUCUCGAAAUGUGUUCCCCAAUGUUCCGGCGGCGCCUGGGAUGCCUUGCGCGGGGGAGGACCGCAGCAUCUACAGGCGAGGCGCACGCCGGUGGCGGAAGCUCUACCGAGUUAAUGGACACAUAUUUCAAGCCAAACGCUUUAAUAGACGAGCCUUUUGUGCCUUCUGUCAAGACCGCAUCUGGGGCCUGGGGCGGCAAGGAUUCAAAUGCAUUCAGUGCAAGUUGCUCGUGCACAAGAAAUGCCACAAGCUUGUGCAGAAACCGUGCUCCAACGAGCACGUUGAUCCAAUCGAGGUUAAGGACGAUGCGAACGGAGAAAGCACACUCGGCAGAGCUUCGUCUGUUAGGUCUCGCGCGGAGCCCGAGCUGCCGUUACCGGAGACCCCGCCGGCGCCCCCGGCCCCCGUUCGCAACGAGGACCUCGAGCCAGGCUCGCAGCGGCAGUACUCGCUUGACGACUUCGAGCUCAUCCGAGUCAUAGGCCGCGGCUCAUAUGCUAAGGUGCUAAUGGUAGAACUGAAGAGAACGAAACGCGUGUACGCGAUGAAGGUGAUAAAGAAGGCGCUAGUAACGGACGACGAGGAUAUCGACUGGGUGCAAACAGAGAAGCACGUGUUCGAAACAGCUUCCAACCAUCCGUUCUUGGUUGGAUUACAUUCCUGCUUCCAAACGCCCAGUCGACUUUUCUUCGUCAUCGAGUUCGUGCGCGGUGGAGAUCUUAUGUUCCACAUGCAGAGACAGCGGAGAUUGCCCGAAGAGCACGCGCGUUUCUACGCAGCGGAGAUAUCUCUCGCGCUGCACUUCUUGCACGAGCGCGGUGUCAUAUACCGCGAUCUCAAGCUCGACAAUGUGCUACUUGACCACGAGGGGCACAUCAAGCUGACAGAUUACGGCAUGUGCAAGGAGGGCGUCCGACCAGGCGACACGACGUCGACGUUCUGCGGAACACCCAACUACAUCGCGCCGGAGAUACUGCGCGGAGAGGAAUACGGGUUUUCUGUAGACUGGUGGGCGCUGGGUGUUCUCACGUACGAAAUGUUGGCCGGAAGAUCACCUUUCGAUAUCGCGCAUGCGGCCGACAAUCCUGACCAGAACACUGAGGACUACCUGUUCCAGGUGAUCCUAGAGAAGACGAUUCGAAUCCCUCGCUCGCUGUCAGUGAAGGCCGCGUCGGUGCUGAAGGGAUUCCUCAACAAGAACCCCGUGGAGCGGCUGGGCUGCAGUGACAAUGGAUUCCUGGACAUCGUUAACCAUCCGUUCUUCAAGAGCAUCGACUGGGAGAUGUUGGAGCAAAAGCAAGUGGUCCCGCCGUUCAAGCCACGACUGGAGGGCGAGCGUGACUUGGCCAACUUCCCGCCAGAGUUCACUGACGAGCCCGUGCACCUAACGCCUGAUAACGACACUGUGAUCGCCGACAUCGAUCAGUCGGAGUUCGAGGGCUUCGAGUACGUGAACCCUCUGCUAAUGUCGCUGGAGGACUGCGUGUGACAACACGCCUGCCGCCUGCACUCGCACCAUCUACACCCGCAGGCAUACGGGUACACGCUGGACUCGUCGUCGUCGGACUACGACUCCGUGUGCUCGGAGCUGCCGCGCAAGCCCACGCUAUUGCAGCACAUGUUCUGCCUGCCGCUCAACUGACGCCGACGCACACCGCGCACGCCUCGCUAGACACCGC